UUACCAAAAACAUUUCCCGGAAUGGAACUCUAUCUCAAAUGUGAGAAAUGUCCAUUCAAGACAACACUCUUAUCCACGAUGAGAAGUCACGUGACAAUUCACACAGACAGCGGAAAAAGAUUAUUUAAUUGCUCAAGUGUUGACCUUGAGUCUUACAAGUGUCACAAAUGUAAUACAUUUGAGACACAAUUGUUGUCACAAUUGAAAUAUCACAUCGCUCAAGGACACACAUCACAACAUGUCAAAUCCACAAUCUACAAGCCCUACAAGUGUCCAAAAUGUGAUUACAAGUCGUUUUCGGAAUUUUUGUUUUUGAGACACAAACUUUGUGAUUACACGUCGAAAAGGAGACAAGACAAUUUAUUGGCUGUACAUUCGAAGUCACAUGACCAGUUGUGGAGUUGUGAUCAUUGUGAUUACAAAUGUAAAUUUACAACUGCAUUGAGAAAACAUAUAGUGGCAAAGCACUCGUUGAUGUGUAAUAUUGGGUACUUUCAAUGUGACCAAUGCCAGUUUAAGACGGCUUUUAAAAGCAUGUUGGACAAUCACGUGAUUAUUAAACAUGGCCCUGAAAGGCACCAGUGCAACCAAUGCGACUUCAAAACAAAAUACAAAUACAACUUACAAAAACAUGUAAUUAGUAAACACACUGAAAAUCCAAAAUUCUUCGAAUGUGACCAAUGUGAUUACAAAACAAAAUACAAGCAAGUGUUACAAACGCAUGUCAUUGUUAAACACACUGAAGAUAUAAAAAUGCUCGAAUGCGACCAAUGCAAUUUCAAAACAAAAAACAAGAAGGUAUUACGAAAACAUGUCAGUGUUAAACACACUGAAAAUCCGAAAAUAUUCGAAUGUGACCAAUGCGAUUUCAAGUCAAAAUACAAGUACCACUUACAAACACACGUCAUUGGUAAACACACUGAAAAUCCAAAAAUGUUUGAAUGCAAGAUAUGCGAUUUUAAGACAAAAAACAAGCACUACUUGCAAAGACAUGUCAUUGUUACACAUACUGAAAAUUCAGUUUUCGUAUGCGACCACUGCGAUUUCAGGACAAAGUACAAGCAUGCAUUACAAACACAUAUCACUGGGAAACAUACUGAAAAUCCAAAAAUGUUCGAAUGCGAUCAUUGCGAUUACAAGACAAAAUACAAGCAUCACUUGCAACCACAUGUCAUUCUUAAACACAGUGAAAAUUCGAAAAUGUUCGAAUGCGAGAAAUGCGAUUUCAGAACCAUUCAUAAGUACAGUCUCAUUAAGCACCGAAGGUAUCAACAUAGCAAUGUUUCGUUAUUGCAAUGUGACACUUGUGAUUAUAAAACGAAACAAAAAAGCAGUUUACUCAGACAUUGCCGUUCAUUGCAUUCCACUGAGUCUCAAAAAUCGUUCAAAACAAACUCAGCACAUAAGAAUAGAUGGUUUUACUGCGACCAUUGCGUUUUUAAAACCAAAAGGAAGAACAAUUUGAUUCCUCAUCUGCGAACGGAACAUAAGCUUGGGCUUUCGUAGUGCUGUCGACGCAAGGUUAUCGUGUAUUUAUUAUUUUUUUAUUUAUUACUUUGAAAUUAUAAUAAAGUUUAUUUUAUUAUUGUGUUAUUAUUAAAAAGCCUUCAAAUUUCAUCAAA